UGGGGGAGUGCCACCUGACACUCAAGUCAGGCUGGAGAUGACCUUGGCCUCUAUCUUAUUUUUUCUGCUUAGAUGGCGUAGAGUACCCCCACCUCUGAGUGUAUGGGGCUGGCUGGGAAGCAGCCUUUACACCUCGCUUCCCAUCCUGGCAGGAGCCUAGAACCCUUACUCAGGAGGAACCCAUGGACAAGGCCUGCUGCCUGAGCUUGAGCUAGGAUCACUGCCCACGGACUGCCCGGGACCCCUCUGCCCUGACCCUUCUGCUGGCAAGUCUGGGUAUCUGCAAGCGCCAGAGGGAGGAAGCUGUCAGCCAGGCAUAACCAACGCAGUCACCAUGACAACCAGUCACCAGCCUCAGGACAGGUACAAAGCUGUCUGGCUUAUCUUCUUCAUGCUGGGUCUGGGGACGCUGCUGCCCUGGAAUUUUUUCAUGACAGCCACUGCGUAUUUCACAAACCGCCUGGACCAGUCCCAGAAUGUGUCCUUGGUCCCUGCUGAACCCAGGGAGGACAUCCAGGCCUCGGCCACCCCGCCAGCACCCUCACCAGAGCGGAACUCCCUCAGCUCCAUCUUCAACAACGUCAUGACCUUGUGUGCCAUGCUGCCACUGCUGCUCUUCACCUGCCUCAACUCCUUCCUGCACCAGAGGAUCCCCCAGGCUGUACGGAUCCUGGGCAGCCUGGUGGCCAUCCUGCUGUUGUUCCUGAUCACUGCCAUCCUGGUGAAGGUUCCCCUGGAUGCCCUGCCUUUCUUUGUCAUCACCAUGGUCAAGAUCAUGCUCAUUAACUCGUUCGGUGCCAUCCUGCAGGGCAGCCUAUUUGGCCUGGCCGGCCUCCUGCCCGCCAGCUACACAGCCCCCAUCAUGAGUGGCCAGGGCCUGGCGGGCUUCUUUGCCUCUGUGGCCAUGAUCUGCGCCAUUGCCACUGGCUCGGAGCUGUCAGAAAGUGCCUUCGGCUAUUUUAUCACAGCCUGUGGGGUUAUCAUUUUGACCAUCGUCUGUUACCUGGGCCUUCCGCGGCUGGAAUUCUACCGCUAUUACCAGCAACUCAAGCUCGAAGGGCCUGGGGAGCAGGAGACCAAGCUGGACCUCAUAAGUAAAGGAGAAGAGUCAAAAGCAAGCCCAGAGGAGUCCAGAAUUUCAGCCCCCAACUCUCAGCCCACCAACGAAAGUCAUUCUGUCCGAGCCAUCCUCAAAAAUAUCUUAGUCCCGGCUCUCUCCGUGUGCUUCGUCUUCACCAUCACCAUUGGGAUGUUUCCUGCUGUGGCUGCUGAGGUCAAGUCCAGCAUUGCGGGCACCAGUGCCUGGAGAAACUACUUCAUUCCUGUGUCUUGUUUCUUGACUUUCAACAUCUUUGACUGGCUGGGCCGGAGCCUCACAGCCUUCACCAUGUGGCCGGGGAAGGACAGCCUCUGGCUGCCAAGCCUGGUGCUGGCCCGGCUGGCCUUCGUGCCCCUGCUGCUGCUGUGUAAUGUCCAGCCCCGCCGCUACCUGGCUGUGGUCUUUGAGCACGACGCCUGGUUCAUCUUCUUCAUGGCCGCCUUCGCCUUCUCCAAUGGCUACCUCGCCAGUCUGUGCAUGUGCUUUGGGCCCAAGAAAGUGAAGCCGGCCGAGGCAGAGACAGCUGGAGCCAUCAUGGCCUUCUUUCUCUCUCUGGGCCUGGCACUGGGGGCUGUCUUCUCCUUCCUGUUCCGUGCAAUCGUGUGACCGAGUAUGGACGGAAGGACAGCCCUGGCCAUCAGCUCCUGCCCGCUUCCUCCUUCAUUGUGGGCAGGGGUCGCCUGGAGGAUUUCUCUUCUAGCUGAUUGCUGCUUUCUCACGGCCUGUGCUGGGCUCAGCAUCCCGGCCCCAAGGAGAGAGCUUCUGUGGAUGGACAGUGGGGACAUUGUGGGCCUGAGGGUUCAAGUCAAGGGGGGGAUGCAGGCUCUGUGUCUGCUCAAGUGCCCUCCUACAUACUUGGCUCUGACUGAUCCCUGCCUGAGCAGAGCCGCAGAGGCUCCUUGGCUCAGAGAGUGUGUGUCUGUCUGUCUGUCCAUCUGCCUGUACCAGGGGUUGCUAGGGGCCAGGAAUGUCUGUUCUAAAGUCCGAUCUGAUAUUUCCGCCCCCUUCUCCCCACGUGCCUCUCCCCCGCCACCUCCCCGUGUUCCUACCCAUCAUGAACCCUGUACAGUUGCCAUUUUACUGCCUUUUUUUAAUACUCAAGCCAGGUGCCUUCAAAGGCUCUCUGAUUAAAUAAACUUUUUUUUUUCCCCC